AUGCCUCCCGUGGAUGACCAUGGACUGGAAGUUCACCUCACACUAUUUCCAUACCGGGGCACUGGUGGAGGUGGAUUCUCCCCGUCUGGAUAUUCUCAGCUGCGUAUCAAUUGUGAUUCAACGCCCAGCGAGCCGCCUAGCUGGGAUGAAGAACAUCCACAAAACCCCAGCCAAGAGAUGAACAUCCCAGACUCUGUUGGAUACUCUGUUGGAUUCUCUGCUGUCGUAUACUGCGUCGGGUGCUGCGUUGGAGGCUCCAUCGGUCCCCUCGUCAAGGAGUCCAUUGAAUCAGGCAUCCAAGACGGAACUCCGGAAAAAAGUAGAGUGAAGGGGUAA